AUGCCCCCUGGGAAAUUAAACAACCAGCGUGCCGCGGUUGAGUGGGUUAGGGAUAACAUCCCAUCAUUUGGAGGUAAUCCUAAAAAGAUUACUCUAUGGGGCCAAUCUACAGGCGCAGCUUCCAUUGUGUUGUAUGACUUAGCCUACCCAUCUGACCCAAUCGCGCAUGGCUUUAUCGAAGACUAUGGUAGUGUCUACCUGCUCCUUUGUAGUGAUGAUAACGUCUCGGCUAAGAGCUUCUCUCCCCUGGCGAAAGCUAUGAACUGCUCAGGCGCACCAGAUCACGAACUGAGUUGCCUCCGUAACUUUGCUGCACCAAUAAUCCAGUCUUACCUAGACGUUACAGAAGAGAUUGAAUUUUCUCCGGUCAAGGACAAUAUUACUGUUUUUCAAAAUAACAAGGCUCGAUACGCUGCAAAGCAAUAUGCCCAGGUUCCCAUUAUAGCUGGCGCGAACGUCCAUGAAGAGACAGACGCAUUCCUGUGUCUGAGUGAUCAAGGCAUCAAAUACCGAGCAGCGGCAACCUCUCAGCCGAUAUUCUUCUACCAUUAUCAUGGUAAUUCCAGCAAUAUCGCUCCCAUUCCUUCAGCUGGCGCCUACCAUUCAUCUGAGCUCCCGCUGAUCAUGGGCACCUUCAAUGACAUUAACGGUUUGGGGCCGGAGUUUCAGACGGAGAUAAGUAGAACCUUGCAGGAUCCCUGGCUAGCUUUUACCACAGAUCCAACACAGGGCCUAGUCGCAUCCGGCUGGGAACCAUAUCCUUCAGCCGUUAUAUUUGGUGAUACAACCAAGGAGCAAGUAUUCCAGUCUGUUCAAGUUUCAGAAGUUCCAGGCUGGAAUGAAUGUCUUCCUGUAGAUGCUUAA